GUGAGACGGGUCCCACAAGUGCACAAGGCUCAGAACUUAUUCAAAUCACAUCUGAUACCACCAAAUCUCAAGAUAAAAUUUUUUACAAUUUGCUAUGAUAUCAUAAAAUCUCCAAAUACACUCUAACUUACAGGAUCAUAAUCUGUAUCUAAAAUCUAUAUCAAAUUCCAGGUGACUAGCCUUCUAAUUCGUCACUACCCUCGGUUUCCCUCGUCCUCAGUAUCGCUUCCUAAAAUGGUGAACAAGGAAAACUAUGAGAUAAAUUCAAUAAGUAAAUAUGGAUAGCCCUUAGGUAAAACUUUUAACAUGCCAGAUAAACCAUGUAAACAUAGCAAAACUUUCACUGAUAAACCGUUAAUGCGGAAAUCAAGUUCAGUUCAAUAGCAAAACGUUCAAUGACAAAACCGUUACUGCAGAAUCAGAUUCAGUUCAAUAACAAAACAUCUCAUAACAAACCGUUAAUGCUGAAAAAAACUCAGUUCAGUAGUCUCAUCUAUAAGUCAUGGCCAGGGUUAUAACAACCCACUGGCAGGCGACAGAAAUUUGCCAAUGUAUUCGCCCAGUGGCAGGCGUCAAAAUAAACCGGUCAUAUCAGUAAAUAUGUCGACAUGUG